AUGGAGUCAUCGACAAAUGAAGAAGCUGUCGCCGUUGGUCGAGACCCACGCCUUGAUUUAAUGGGUUCUUAUGUAAUAAAAUCACUAAAAUUGAAACCAGAAAAAUGGACACGUCUAAUAUCUGUCGAGGAACACAAAGGCAUAAUAAAAGAGUUUUUAGAUCGUUCCACACCAGUAGUGCUAGUUAUUAUUUUAACACAAAGUGCUCAGCUAGUUCCUUCAUCUACAUUCCCACUUUCGCAAUUAAAAAGUAAAGGUGUUUAUUUUAUAAAAAAACAUCCACAAUCCAUACCGCGCAUAUGUCCAAACAAUAUUAUUAUUUUUGGAGAUUUAGCUACUACCACUAUUGAUCAACUUUCAACUUUAGUUGAGGAAGUUCUAGUACCAUUGCUUUCGAAUGAACAAAAUUAUGUAACUUGGCCAUUCAUGGUAUCUCAAGAUGUUCAGAAACAUGUACAUAGUUUGAAGAGCACUGUACACCAGGUAAAAGGUCAAGUGAGUGGAGAAACUAUUUUAGCAAUGCCUGUUGGGGUUGGUAAAAUUAUGAAAGUGGCUAAUAAUUUAUUUGAAACCAAUCAGUGUGUAAUUGAUUUAUACUUAAAAAGUGCAAUUGAAGGAGUAGUCAUUAAAUGGGCAACUCAAGUGCAUGAUGUCAUCAAAGAAAGCUCUGUAGAAGCAUUCAAUAAUGGACAAAAUCCAACUCCAAAAAUAGAAAUAACCUUCUGGAAUGAUCGACUUAAGAAUCUUUUGUUUGUCUAUAACCAAUUACGAAAUGAACGCAUCCGGGCAAUGGCUCUUAUACUCGAAAGUACUUACAGUGCGUACCAUCCAUGUUUUCAAACGUUGUUCAAAAAUGUUAUUACAGCAUUGGCAGAAGCUAAGGACAUAACAUUGUAUUUAAAUCCUAUUUGACGAACAUUGCAAAAUUUGGAGGAAACUGACUUUGCUGAAUGCAAGCCCAUAUUACUUUCUCUUAUGCACGUUGUGUGUAUAAUGUGGGGACGGUCACAAUAUUACUGCAAUUCCUCGAAAAUAACAUGUCUACUUAAACAAAUUUGCAAUUUAAUUAUUAAUCAGGCUAAACGAUAUUUGGAUCCAUCAUCAAUAUUUCGAACAGAUAUUGAAGAAGCAAUGCAACGAUUAACUCUAUCGAUGCAUACACUAAAAUUUUUUCGAGAGUUAUUUGAUCAUUUUAAAGAAAAUUUAGGAAAAUAUUUUGAAGAACCGCACGUACGUCUACCCAUAUUUUGGACUUUUCAUCCGAAUUCCGUGUUUAGUCGUUUGAAUAAUUUUUUGGAACGUUUAACAACGAUUCAAUGGUUCUUUUUAACAGUGAUUGAAUUUUUAAAAUUAGAAAAAGUUGAAAUUGGUGGACUACGAGGUCGACAACUUAGUGUUCGCAUAUCAUCUGUUUACAUUGAGUUCAAUCAAUUCUUUACUAGCUUCGCAUCAAAAACUUAUGACGUUCUUGACCCGGACGAUCAUGAAUUCAAUGCUGAUUUUAAAAAUUUUCAAACGUGCAUACAGGAACUGGAUAUAAAGUUAGCUGGAAUAUUAUGUCAAUCUUUUGAUGACUGCCAUAAUUUAGAAAGCAUUUUUAAGCUUAUUAGCAUUGUUGGCAGUGUGCUACAACGACCUAUAAUUAGAGAUGAAUUCACUCAAAGAUAUGCAGAAAUUCUAAACAUGCUGGAAGAAGAAAUUACCAGCUGUGAAAAUAUUUUUGAAAAUCAGUCACAGAUAAGCCCCGAACAGAAUUUUCUCUACCCGGACUUUUAUUGCCCACCUACCGUAGCUUACAUUCGAUGGUGCACCCAGUUGGAAUUACGCGUAGUAAACCAAAUGAAAUACUUUGAGACGCUUCAACACAGUAUUACAAAUAUAAAAAAAGCUGCAGAAAUAAUGUAUCGUUGUCACAGUCUCGUGCGAAAGCUCAAGGCUGCCAAAUCGGAUGUGUUUGAAACCUGGAGUACAAAAUUGGCAGCACAAAUCGAAAAAGGAUUGAAGCAAUCGCUUAUUGUGCGUCAUGCCAAUAAAAAAACACUUAUUCUCAAUUUCAGCUCUGAACUAUUUUGUAUAUUAAGAGAAGUUUAUUACUUAAAACAAAUGGAAAUUGAAGGAAUUUCAGAAAUUGCCCUCAAUUUUGCUUUACAUAAUGAUAUAUAUCGAAAGUAUACCCUAAACUUGGAAAAGACCAUUGACUGGUAUAAUUCUAUACAGGAAAACAGUUCAUUAGUUGAGUUAAAACUGAUUGAACCAGAAAUUGAGAUAAUAGAUGGCUUAAUUGAAAUCGGAAUAAGUGAAUUAUGUUGGGAAUCGAAUGAUAUUAUGACCUAUUUGGAAAAGUUAGGAGAGCCUAUUGCAGCACUACAAAAUCGCAUGGAUCGUACACAAGGAAAUCUACAACGCAUUAUAAAAAUAAUGUCCGCUUGGCAAAAGCAACCACUUUUCGAACGUAAGGAUUCGAAGAAAGACACUGUACUUUCAAUUGAUGAACGUCAUGAUCGGACUUCCAAGCGUUAUGCUGAUAUUAAAGCUGCAUCCGAAGAAAUACACUGUCUUUUGCAAGAAAAUAUGUUGCAAUUUCAUAUGGAAGAUAAGCAAAGUGAUCCUAUGUGGUUAAAUUAUAUAGAUUUUGUGGAUAAUAUCAUUUAUGAAUAUGUACUCAAAACAGUUGGUGUGAGUAUUGCGUAUAUAGCAGAAAAUAUGGAUCCAGAAAAUUACUAUGCGCCUUUGUUUGAAGCACGAUUGGAACUAGUUGAACCAAGUAUAAUAUUUGUUCCUUCUUUAAAUCCAGAUGAUCCUUUAGGGUUCAGUAAUAUAUUGAAAGAAUUAAUGACAGAUAUUUUGAAAAUGGCUACUCUCGUAAAAAGAAUUAAAACUAGCGAGAAGACUGACUAUAGAGAAAUGGUAAAAACCAAUCAAGAUAUUUUUAAUAUGCGGCGUGAAAUAUUAAAUGGAGUUGAAAAGGUAAUGGAAGAAGCUUCCUCAUUUUGUAGACAAUUUGAACGCUACUCUUACCUUUGGAUUUAUGAUCGCAAAGAAUGUAUGGAAUACUUUUUAGAAUAUGGAAGAAUUUUAGAUGCAGAUGAAAUUGAAUUAAUAUCUAUAAAAGAUUCAAAUGCUCCCAAAGAAUGCGCCCCAACUAUUGAUGCAUUUCGGGAGCAAAUCGAUAAUUAUGAAGCUUUAUUUAAUGAAAUUGAAGAUAUCACAUCUUUUCAAAUAUUUAGCUCUUGGUUUCAAGUCGAUGUUCGUCCUUUUAGGCAAGCCUUGCUGAAUAUAGCUUGCAAGUGGGGAAAUAUGUUUAAGGAACACCUAGUUACAACAGUAACAACGAAAUUAGUGGACUUAAGUAAUUUCAUACGAAAAGCUGAUGAAAGUUUAUUACAAACUGUUAAGGAGGGAGACUAUGAUGGUUUAGUUAAUAUAAUGGCAAUUUUAAUGCAAGUAAAAGAAAGAGCUGCUAUCACAGAUGAAAUGUUUGAACCAAUGCAAGAUAUAAUUCAACUUUUAAAAUAUUUUGAUAUGGAUAUUCCGGAAGAAGUGAAUGUUUUAUUACAAGAGUUGCCAGAACAGUGGAUAAAUACGAAGAAAAUUGCCACAAAUGUAAAACAACAGGUGUCGCCAUUACAAGCAACUGAAGUUGUUAGUAUUAGAAACAAAGUAAGCGUCUUUGAAGCACAUAUCCUAGAAUUUCGUGACGUAUUCAAAUAUUGUAACUUCUUCCGUUAUAUCUGCCCGGAACCUUAUAUAUUACUAGACAAAUUUAACUUUGACAUAACAAUUAUUGAAAAUGAAAUGCAUAGUAUACAAAAAUCAGGAAGUUUAUUUGAAGUUAGUACUCCAGAAUUUAAAAUUCUUAAACAGUGCAGAAAAGAGCUUAAACUCUUGAAGCAUUUAUGGGAUUACGUUUUUAUUGUCCAAACUUGUAUUGAAGACUGGAAGACCACACCAUGGCGAAAAGUUGAUGUUGAAAAUAUGGAUAUUGAAUGCAAAAAAUUUGCGAAAGAUAUACGCUUACUUGACAAGGAAAUGCGAGCCUGGGAUAUAUUUACAAAUUUGGAGUCCACAGUUAAAAAUAUGUUAACAUCUCUUAGAGCUGUUGGUGAAUUACAAAAUCCGGCUAUACGUGAACGUCAUUGGAAUCAAUUAAUGAACUCUACUAAGAGUUUAGCAGCAUUGCCUAAGGAGAUGACAGUUAAAUUUAUUAUGGACCAUGAAACAACACUGGCUGAACUACUUGGAUUAAAUUUGCAUGAAUGUGAGGAAGAAGUUAAAAAUAUUGUUGACAAAGCCGUUAAAGAAAUGUCAAUGGAGAAAAUAUUACGUGAUCUCAAUACUACGUGGUCAACUAUGGAAUUUGAUCAUGAAGUUCAUCAACGUACCGGCUGUACACUUUUGCGUGCUUCAGAAGAACUUAUAGAGACUCUUGAAGAUAAUCAAGUGUGUCUUCAAAAUCUAAUUACAUCAAAGUACAUUGCCCAUUUUCUUGAAGAGGUGUCAGUAUGGCAAAAUAAGUUAAUGGUUGCAGAUCAAGUAAUUACAGUAUGGUUUGAGGUACAACGAACUUGGACACACUUAGAAAGUAUAUUUAUGAGUUCCGAAGAUAUUCGUAAACAAUUACCAUUGGAUUCUGAUCGUUUUGAUCACGUUGAUGCUGAGUUUCGGAUAUUAAUGAAUGAAAUGUCUGUUUCCUCGAAUGUAGUGGCAUCAACGAAUAGAAAAGACCUCAUAAAACGUUUAGAAAUGCUACAGAAAGAUCUCACAUUGUGCGAAAAAGCCUUAGCAGAAUAUUUGGAAACGAAACGUUUAUCUUUUCCCAGAUUUUAUUUUGUCUCAUCUGCUGACUUACUUGAUAUUCUUAGUAAUGGAAUACAGCCAGAUAUGGUUACUAAACACCUCACAAAACUUUUUGAUUCCAUUGCUCGCUUAAAAUUUAACACUCAGGAGCAAAAUAAAAUCGAAUCUGCUUCUGGUAUGUAUGCUAAAGAUGGAGAGUAUGUGGAGUUUAAUUCUUUAACUAGUAUAAAAGGACCAGUAGAAGUUUGGUUAAAUCGUGUUCAAGCUGCCAUGCGUGUUACUUUACGUUCUUAUGUAGCUGAAGCAGUAGUUGCUUAUGAAGAAAAGCAACGAGAACAAUGGUUGCUAGAUUAUCCUGCUCAGGUUUCACUGUGUGGUUCACAAAUAUGGUGGUCUACAGAGGUAAAUAUUGCCUUCAGUCGUCUAGAAGAAGGAUACGAUAAUGCAAUUAAAGACUUUUAUAAAAAACAAAUAUCACAAUUGAGCUUACUUAUAACUUUACUUAUUGGCGAAUUAACGAAAGGAGAUCGUCAAAAGAUUAUGACCAUUUGUACUAUAGAUGUCCAUUCCAGAGAUGUAGUUGCAAAAAUGAUACAAGCAAAGUUGGAUUCAGGCCAGGCGUUCAUGUGGCAAUCACAACUGCGCCAUCGCUUUGAUGAUGUAGAGAAAGAUUGUUAUGCCAACAUUUGCGAUGCAGAAUUUCUAUACAGUCAUGAGUAUUUGGGUAAUACUCCCCGCUUAGUUAUAACUCCACUAACUGAUAGAUGCUACAUAACUUUAACUCAGAGUUUACAUUUAGUAAUGGGUGGUGGUCCAGCAGGACCAGCUGGAACUGGUAAAACUGAAACCACUAAAGAUUUAGGUCGAGCACUUGGUAUAAUGGUUUAUGUAUUUAACUGCUCUGAACAAAUGGACUACCAGUCCUGUGGAAAUAUCUAUAAGGGAUUAGCACAAACAGGAGCCUGGGGUUGUUUCGAUGAAUUCAAUCGUAUCACGGUGGAGGUAUUAUCGGUUGUCGCUGUUCAAGUAAAAUCUGUUCAGGAUGCAAUUCGAGAUAAGAAGGAGAAAUUUAAUUUCAUGGGCGAAAUUAUUAGCUGCGUUCCAACAGUUGGUAUUUUUAUUACUAUGAAUCCGGGAUAUGCUGGUCGCACGGAGUUACCAGAAAAUUUAAAAGCACUUUUUAGACCAUGUGCUAUGGUAGUACCAGAUUUUGAAUUAAUUUGUGAAAUUAUGCUUGUAGCAGAAGGCUUCCAAGAUGCAAGGGCGUUGGCGCGAAAAUUUAUCACACUAUACACUCUUUGCAAAGAGUUACUUUCAAAACAAGAUCAUUAUGAUUGGGGGUUAAGGGCCAUUAAAUCUGUGUUGGUAGUUGCUGGUUCAUUAAAGCGUGGUGAUCCAGGUCGUCCUGAAGAGGAAGUACUUAUGCGCGCAUUAAGAGAUUUUAAUAUUCCAAAAAUUGUUACUGAUGACAUGCUCGUAUUUAUGGGAUUAAUAAGUGAUAUCUUUCCCGCAUUGGAUGUACCACGUAAACGUGAUCAAGAUUUCGAACGAACUGUUAAACAAGCCGCAUCAGAUCUUUUACUCCAACCAGAAGAUAAUUUCAUUUUGAAAGUAGUGCAAUUAGAGGAACUACUAGAAGUACGCCAUUCUGUUUUCAUUGUUGGUAAUGCUGGCACUGGAAAGACACAAGUUUGGAAAACACUUCUACGAACUUAUCAAAAUAUAAAGCGAAAACCAAUUUUUAAUGAUUUAAAUCCAAAAGCAGUAACUAAUGAUGAAUUAUUUGGCAUUAUAAAUCCAGCCACACGUGAAUGGAAAGAUGGUCUUUUUUCAGUCAUUAUGAGAGAUCAAGCGAACAUUCUUGGUGAUCAACCGAAAUGGAUCAUUUUGGAUGGCGAUAUUGAUCCGAUGUGGAUUGAAAGUUUAAAUACUGUAAUGGAUGACAAUAAAGUUUUAACUUUAGCCAGUAACGAACGCAUUGCUUUGACACCAUCAAUGCGUUUACUAUUUGAAAUUUCAAAUUUGAGAACAGCUACUCCAGCAACUGUAUCGAGAGCAGGAAUUUUAUACAUUAACCCACAGGAUUUAGGCUGGAAUCCUUGUGUAUCGAGUUGGGUUGAAACACGGAAAAUUCCAUCUGAAAAAUCAAAUUUGGUUAUUCUUUUCGACAAAUAUAUUCCAGCCUCAUUAGAGACUAUAAGGACAAGGUUUAAGAAGAUUACGCCAGUAGCAGAAAUGGCACAUAUUCAAAUGCUCUGUUAUUUACUGGAAUGCUUUUUUACUCCAGCGAAUACACCAACAGAUUGCCCUAAGGAAUGGCAUGAAUUGUAUUUUGUUUUUGCUUGCAUAUGGGCAUUUGGAUCAACAAUGUUUCAGGAUCAAGCAAUUGAUUAUAGAAUCGAAUUCAGUAAAUGGUGGGUUAACGAAUUUAAAACAGUAAAGUUUCCUCCGGGUGGCACUGUUUUUGAUUACUUCCUUGAUAAUGAAACAAAACAAUUUUGUCCUUGGGUUGAAAAAAUACCAAAAACAGAAUUUGAUUGUGAUCUGCCAUUACAAUCUGCGAUUGUUCAUACCUCAGAAUCUAUACGUCUCCGAUUUUUCCUUGAUCUCUUAAUGGAAAAAAAGCAUCCUGUAAUGCUUGUUGGUAGUGCGGGAAGUGGAAAAACUGUACUUAUAAAUGAAAAACUACAUUCACUUCCUGAAAGUUAUGCGUUAACAACUAUACCAUUAAAUUUUUAUACUACCUCCGAAAUGUUACAAAAAAUAUUUGAAAAAUCCCUAGAGAAAAAAGCUGGUCGAAAUUACGGCCCACCGGGCAAUAAAACGUUAAUUUAUUUUAUUGAUGACUUAAAUAUGCCAGAAGUAGACGAAUAUGGUACUGUUCAACCACAUACAUUAAUACGACAACAUUUGGACUAUGGUCACUGGUAUGAUCGCAACAAAUUAUCUUUGAAGGACAUACAUAACUGUCAAUAUCUUGCCUGCAUGAACCCAACAUCUGGUAGUUUCACCAUUAAUCCAAGACUUCAGCGACAUUUUUGUGUUUUCGCCGUCAGUUUUCCGGGCGCUGAGUCUAUAACAUCCAUAUAUUCCACAAUUCUCUCACAACAUUUUAAUAUUGCGGAACAAAAAUUUAAUAUCAUUGUGACACGGAUGACACCGAAUAUUGUUGCUGCAACUUUGUCUCUGCACAACAAAGCAUUGCAAAUUUUUCUUCCGACUGCUAUUAAAUCCCAUUACAUAUUUAAUUUGAGAGAUAUCAGUAAUGUCUUUCAAGGAUUAUUAUUCAGCUCAUCUGAAUGUUUGACUUGCUCAUCUGAUUUCAUACGAUUGUGGCAGCACGAAACUCAGCGUGUGUAUGGUGACAAGUUAAUUGAUGAAAAAGAUAUAGAUAUAUUUACAAAAAUCCAACAUGAUAUUAUAAAAAAAUCUUUUGAAGAAAUAGACGAAUCCGUUAUAUUUGACAAACCAAACAUAUAUUGUCAUUUCGCUGGAGGAAUUGGUGAACCUAAGUAUAUGCCUGUAAAGGGCUGGACUGAGCUUCACAAACUCCUUCAAGAGGCAAUGGCAUCAUAUAACGAUCUCGUCGCUGCUAUAAAUUUAGUUUUGUUCGAAGAUGCAAUGAUGCAUAUUUGCAGAAUAAACAGAAUACUAGAAUCACCCAGGGGUAGCGCUCUUCUAGUUGGUGUUGGUGGCAGUGGUAAACAGUCUUUAGCCCGUCUUGCUGCUUUCAUAUCGAGCUUAGAAGUAGUACAAAUACAACUUAAGAAAGGAUAUGGAGUUAAUGACUUAAAGAAUGAAUUUAUUGGACUUUAUCUUAAGGCAGGUUUGAAAAAUGUUGGAAUUAUGUUUCUUAUGACAGAUGCUCAAAUACCAAAUGAAGAUUUUCUUGUUUUAAUAAACGAUAUGCUAGCUACAGGAGAAAUACCCGAUUUAUUUCCUGAUGAUGAAAUUGAGAAUAUAAUAGCUGGAGUUCGAAACGAAGUCAAAGGUGCUGGUAUUGCGGACACCCGUGACAAUUGCUGGAAAUUCUUUAUAGAACGUGUACGCAAGCAACUGAAAGUAGUUCUUUGCUUUUCACCUGUUGGGUCAACACUUCGCAUUCGUUCACGAAAGUUUCCCGCUAUAAUAAAUGGCACAUCAAUCAGUUGGUUUCAUGAAUGGCCACAGGAGGCACUUAUAUCAGUUGCUUUGAACUUUUUGCUUGAAGACAAAAUAUUAACAGAGGGUCAAAGUGAUUCAGUGGCGAAGUUUAUGGCAUAUGUGCACAAUUCAGUGAAUUCCAUAUCAAAAGUGUACCUCCAAAAUGAAAGACGCUAUAACUACACUACACCGAAAAGUUAUCUUGAACAAAUAAGUCUCUACUUGAAGUUACUUCAUCAAAAACAUGAAGAUUUACAAAGUAAGAUAGUACGUUUGGAGAAUGGUCUUGAGAAGUUACGUUCCACGGCAGUUCAAGUCUCUAAUUUAAAAGUUAAAUUAGCUGUUCAAGAAAUCGAGCUACGAGAGAAAAAUGAAGCUGCGGAUGCAUUAAUUGAAAUCGUUGGAGUUGAAACGGAAAAGGUACAAAAGGAAAAGGCUGUAGCAGACGAAGAAGAAAUGAAAGUUGCAUUGAUAGCAGAUGAAGUAACCAAAAAACAAAAAGACUGCGAAGAAGAUCUUUUAAAGGCAGAACCAGCGCUCCUUGCAGCACAAGAAGCUUUAAAUACUUUAAAUAAAGCAAAUUUAACAGAAUUAAAAUCAUUUGGAUCACCACCAGGAGCCGUAACAAAUGUAACGGCAGCUGUUAUGGUCUUGCUAGCACCUGGGGGAAAGUUGCCAAAAGACCGUUCAUGGAAAGCGGCAAAAAUCGCAAUGGCUAAAGUAGACACUUUCUUGGACUCCCUCAUAAAUUAUGAUAAGGAAAAUAUACACCAUGAAAUUAUUAAAGCAAUUCAGCCAUAUUUAAAGGAUCCAGAAUUUGAACCCGAGUUCGUUAGAUCUAAAUCAGGUGCUGCUGCUGGUUUAUGUGCUUGGGUUAUUAAUAUUAUUAAAUUUUAUGAAGUCUAUUGUGAUGUAGAACCAAAACGAAAAGCUCUAGCUGCCGCGAAUGCAGAAUUAGCAGCAGCACAAGAUAAUUUAGCUGGCAUAAAACGUAAAGUCGCUGAUUUGGAGGAACGACUUAAAAACCUAACGGAUGAUUAUGAAAAAGCUAAAAACGAUAAGCUUCGUUGUCAACAAGAAGCGGAUGCAACUCAAGCAACAAUUGGGUUAGCUAAUCGUUUGGUUAACGGUUUAGCUAGUGAAAACGUACGUUGGGCUGAAUCUGUUAAUAAUUUUGUGAAACAGGGCAUUACAUUACCAGGUGAUAUAUUACUUAUAACAGCGUUUAUUUCAUAUGUGGGUUGCUUUACAAAGCAAUUUCGUUUUGAUCUGCUACAAAAAAUGUGGACACCUUUCCUAAAAGCCAUUGAUCCACCUUUACCCAUAACUGAGAACUUAGAUACGCUAAACUUGCUAACAGAUGAUACAACAAUCGCUGUAUGGACCAAUGAAGGCCUACCUAGCGAUCGGAUGUCCAUCGAGAAUGCUACUAUAUUAUCAAAUUCAGAUCGUUGGCCGCUUAUGAUAGAUCCACAGUUACAAGGUGUGAAGUGGAUAAAGCAAAAAUACGGAGACGAGUUAAAGGUAAUAAGAAUGGGACAACGUAGUUACUUGGAUGUAAUUGAGAAAGCAAUAAGUGGAGGCUUCAUUGUCUUAAUUGAAAAUAUUGAUGAACAUAUUGAUCCAGUAUUGGACUCGCUUUUAGGAAGAAAUUUAAUAAAAAAAGGAAAAGCUAUUAAAAUCGGAGACAAAGAGGUUGAAUAUAAUACUAAUUUCCGACUUAUUCUACAUACGAAAUUAGCAAACCCACAUUAUAAACCGGAAACUCAAGCACAAACUACAAUAAUUAAUUUUACCGUAACUCGGGAUGGGUUAGAAGAUCAAUUAUUAGCUGAAGUUGUGAAAGCUGAGAGACCAGAUCUAGAAGAUCUAAAAGCUGAACUAACAAAACAGCAAAAUGAUUUUAAAAUAAUGUUAAAACAAUUGGAAGAUGAUUUGUUGUCACGUCUUUCAUCUGCUGGAGAAAACAUUCUGGGUGAUACUGCACUAGUUGAGAAUUUGGAGACAACUAAGUGUACAGCAUCUGAAAUUGAAGAAAAAGUCAGUGAAGCAAAAAUAACUUCGAAAGAAAUAGACAAAGCACGAGAAUAUUACAGACCAGCUGCUGCAAGGGCCAGUCUAUUAUAUUUUAUACUUAACGAAUUAAAUGCUAUAAAUCCGAUAUACCAAUUUUCGUUAAAGGCUUUCAGCGUUGUAUUUCAAAAUGCUAUAUUUAAAGCGGAACCCGGGGAAAACCUAAAUAUUCGUGUCGCUAAUUUAAUUGACUGUAUAACAUAUUCAGUAUUCCAGUACACCUCAAGAGGUCUAUUUGAAUGUGAUAAACUAAUAUUUGCAUCACAAAUGACAUUUCAGAUACUUCUCAGUAGUGAAGAAAUUACCUUAACGGAGCUAGAUUUUUUGUUACGUUUCCCCAUAAAACCACAUGUGACAAGUCCCGUUGAUUUCAUAUCAAAUAAUUCAUGGGGUGGAAUAUGUAGCUUAGCAUGUAAAGAUGAAUUCCGAAAUUUAGAUCGAGACAUAGAAACUUCCUCUAAAAGAUGGAAAAAUUUAGUUGAGUCGGAAGCACCUGAAAAUGAAAAAUUCCCUCAAGAAUGGAAAAAUAAAACAGCCCUACAACGUUUAUGUAUGAUAAGGGCUUUAAGACCAGAUCGCAUGACUUAUGCAUUAGCAAAUUUUAUUGAAGAAAAACUGGGCUCUAAAUAUAUUGAAAAUCGUGCUUUGGAAUUUGCAAAAUCAUUUGAAGAAGCAAGCCCAACUACUCCAAUAUUUUUUAUUCUCUCACCUGGUGUAAAUCCACUAAAAGAUGUAGAAUCUCUAGGCAGACAAUUAGGUUUUUCAAUAGAUGAAGGAAAUUUCCACAAUGUGUCAUUGGGACAAGGCCAGGAAAUAAUUGCAGAAUCUGCUAUGGAUGUUGCUGCUAAAAACGGUCAUUGGGUUGUCUUACAAAAUAUACAUUUAGUACGAAAAUGGCUACCAACAUUAGAAAAGAAACUGGAGUUUUAUUCUGAAUCAUCACAUGCCAAUUACCGAAUGUUUUUAAGUGCGGAACCAGCAUCAUCACCUGCAAACCAUUCCAUUCCACAAGGUAUACUGGAAUCUUCAAUUAAAAUAACAAAUGAACCACCAACUGGUAUGUUAGCCAAUCUACACAAAGCACUUGAUAAUUUUACGCAGGAAACGCUUGAAAUGUCUGGAAAAGAAGCAGAAUUCAAAGCUAUACUCUUCUCACUUUGCUAUUUCCAUGCUGUUGUUGCGGAAAGACGAAAAUUUGGACCGCAAGGCUGGAACAAAGUUUAUCCUUUUAAUGUAGGAGAUCUAAACAUUAGUGUUUCAGUUUUAUAUAACUAUCUUGAAGCAAAUUCGAAAGUACCAUGGGAAGACUUGCGGUAUUUAUUUGGUGAAAUAAUGUACGGAGGUCACAUAACUGAUGAAUGGGAUAGACGACUAUGUAUUAAUUAUUUAGAAGAAUAUAUGCAACCAGAUUUGGUUGAUGGAGAGCUAUUUUUAGCACCUAGUUUUCCAGCACCCCCUAAUACUGAUUACGCCGGAUAUCAUGGUUAUAUUGAUGAAAAUAUGCCAGCAGAAUCUCCAUAUCUCUAUGGGUUACAUCCAAAUGCUGAAAUAGGCUUUUUGACUAUGCGCGCUGAGCACAUUUUUCGUACCGUAUUUGAAAUGCAGCCACGUGAUGCUGGGGCUAGUGGCGGUGCUACAGUAACCCGCGAAGAUAAAGUAAAACAAAUUGUUGAUGAAAUAAUUGAAAAGUUACCCGAAGAAUUCAAUAUGAUUGAAAUAAUGAAUAAAGUAGAAGAGCGUACACCAUAUGUGAUUGUAGCGUUUCAGGAAUGUGAACGUAUGAACUAUCUUACAUCUGAAAUGAAACGUAGUUUGAAAGAAUUAGAUUUGGGUUUAAAGGGUGAAUUAACUAUUACUUCUGACAUGGAAUUGUUAGAGAAUUCUUUGUUUUUGGAUCAAGUUCCGCAAAUUUGGACAAAUCGAGCUUACCCUUCCUUGCUGGGCUUAAAUUCAUGGUUUAUUGAUUUAUGUGCACGAAUACGUGAACUUGAAACCUGGUCUACCGAUUUUGUGCUUCCAUCAUGUGUAUGGCUGGCUGGAUUUUUCAACCCGCAAUCCUUACUAACAGCAAUUAUGCAAAGUACGGCGCGUAGAAAUGAAUUGCCCUUAGAUAAGAUGUGUCUUCAGUGUGAUGUUACUAAAAAGCAAAAAGAAGAAUUUACAAGUGUACCUCGUGAUGGUGCGUAUAUUCACGGUGUAUUUAUGGAGGGUGCAAGAUGGGACUUACAACAAGGAAUUAUAAUGGAUUCUCGUCUAAAAGAACUUUAUCCACCAAUGCCGGUUAUAAAUAUACGAGCGGUCACGAAAGAUAAACAAGACCUACGAAAUAUAUAUGAAUGCCCUCUGUAUAAAACUCGAACUCGUGGACCCACUUAUGUUUGGACUUUUAAUUUGAAAACAAAAGACAAACCUGGAAAAUGGACUUUAGCUGGAGUUGCAUUAUUGUUACAAAUAUGAAGGACUAUUGUCAACAGAAAUUAUAUUAAUAACAGUAGUAUAGUGUGUUAUAUAAAAGUCAUACCCAUAUUAUUGUAGGAAUUAUGUUUGGCCAAUUGGUAUAGCCUAUUAAUGAUAUUGUUUAAUUAGUAAACAGUUAAAUACGUUGACCCACUUGUAUUAGAAAAUUUAAUUUGAAAAUUAAAAAUCAGUAUAAAAACUGGCACUUGUUUGAAGUAGGAAUAAGUAUUGCUAAAAAUAUGAAGAAGUAUUGCCAUUAGUCAUUUUAUUAAUAAUUGUAGAACAAUAACCAUAAAUUGUUUUGGAAAGAUUAGUAUAGUUAGUAGUGAUAGUAUUUUAUUAGUAAAUAUGUAGUAGAUCCGAUAAUGUCUUAAAAUAUAAUUUGUAAACAGAGGACAAGUCUGGGAUAUUGACUUUGAAUGGAGCAGCAAUUUAUAUGCAAAUACAAAAGAUAGAAAUUGAAAUAAUAUUAAUAAUACCUGUAGACAUUAUGUCUACAGGAUAUAAUAUAUUGUAUAUUCUACAGGAAUAUGAUCUAGGAUUGUAGUAAAUAGUACAACACGUGGUUUCACUUUUAUCUGAAUAUUAAGUUUAAAAACAAAGGACCAAUCUGAAAAAAAAAUUUGACCUUUGACUUGAGUUGCAUUAUUCCU